ACCCUGGUUUCUGGUGCCUCUUCCCAAUCAGGUAUCUUAUUUUGAAAAGACAGAGCCGGAAGCCAUGACGUGAGUUUCUUCCGACUUGACACAGCUGGACCGCGGCACAUUUUUUUGACAGCGGAAAUGAGGAGUCGCCACUUUUUUUUCCGCGUGAAGUUAGUGGCUGAAAGUUUUCUUUCCUCUUUUUUUUUUUUUUUUUUUUUUUUUUUUUUUUUUUUUUUUCUUUUUGUUUUGCUGGAGGAACCAUCGCGUGCACUCACAAUGAGAGAGAAAGCGACGGGCUUUGUAGCACGCAGCCUUUCCUCUCAUGUCCACUCACUGUUGCUCCUCACCGACGCCGUCUCGACUCACUUUAGAUGCUUCUCAACACAUUUCCGUUAUGCGAAGUCCAACUUGUUGGUUAUUCGUCGUGCUGCGGUGGGUGCCCAUCCGAGAUAACGGAGAACGUGACAGUGAUUCUCAGCCGGUCUGGUUACUGCAAUGAAUGGUAACACUAUACAUCCAACCAACACCACCACAACAGCAGGAGGAGGCCCAGGCGUGGCAGCGCCCCCAAGAGGCUGGAGGGAAUUCUGCGAGCUCCAUGCCAUCGCCACAGCCCGGCAGCUGGCCGGACACUACCGGAGCUUCGCCAGAGAGCGGCCACAACAUGACGUGCUCCCACCAGAGACCUUUUCCAAGCAGUUCACAGACCUCUUCCAGCAGCACUUCUGCUGUGAGGUCGACAAAGAUGGCACGCCACUCAGCCAGACCACAUGCUCUGCCACUACUGGUAGUGCAUCCUCCACCACCCCAGUGGCAUCUCCCCUCCCAUCACAGGCCGUGAUGGGUCGAUUGCGGAUCACAUCUUUGUCUGGGGCACAGGACUAUCGCGAGGCGGGUCGGCCAAGUGGAGGAGCUGCUCGUUUCGCUGUGGUAUCACCAAAAGUGGAGCCAGUGGUAGUAAGUCGGGAACAGGAGCAGCCACUGCGAUGUGCUGCUGGAAACUCCUUAUCAGGAAUCCCAGUGGUGCUCAGAGGGUCGACUCGUAGUAUCGGCAGUGGGUCACUGUUGAUUCGUAGCCGUAGCAACGAGGAGGUGUCUGGCAAUGAUCGUCGUCAGGUAUCCGAACAGUACUCUUCGGACUCAUCAACCUCCAACCCUGGCCACGCUGACAUCACACAUUUCUCUGUCAGUCAAAUCCGGCAGACCGUAAGACGGCUUCUCAAGAAACGGCCCCUCCCAAGCCCUCCUUUACCACAGGACCUGUCUCCUAGAACCCCCAACCCCACCACCACCAACAACAAUCCCCCAAAUAAUGGUGACAGAGUGGGUGGGAUUUCCUCCACGAAUGAGGAAGUGUCAUCCUCCUCCUCAUCCUCCCACUCUUCCUCUUGUAUAAACUCUGAAGCCACACCCCCGGCCUCUUCACAUAUGUUUGCUGGUUUAGCCUCUCAAUUAAUGGAUCGUGUCCGUUCGUUUCGCAGCGGGAGCAUGAGGCAGAGAAGGUCAGAGGUGAGCGGUUGUUGUAAAGAGGGCCAACUGAGGUACUUGCUGGUGGAUGACACUAUCUCAGACUCUCAGCCCCGCUGGCAACGCUGCCGCCUUCUGGUCAGGAGGAUCAGGGAUGCUCAAGGUGGUGGUGGAGGAAGAGGAGGGGAGAGGUACCAGUUGGAGCUCUAUGAUCCUCCAAAGGCCUCCAGUCCCAAGCUGACGACUCACUGCUCAGAUAUCCAAGAAGUGCGUCGUUGCAACCGGCUGGAGAUGCCUGACAACUUAAACACAUUUGUUUUAAAGGUUAAUCGAGGUAGUCUGAUAUUUGAGACAGACAAUGACCAGCAGGUCAGCUCCUGGACCACAGAGCUGAAAGAAUGCAUCAGCAACAGGUCAGGCAGCGUGGAUCUGGAGCCCCUCUCCUCCCCAGCUGACAGCUCUGCUCCAGCCAGUCACAGAGGGAGCUCAGAGUUAGGGAGUCAAAGCCCCGUCACCUUUGCAGCGCCGGAGCAGGUUGUCCAGAAGACUGAUCACUUCUUGUUCUCCUACCCCUGGUUCCAUGGGCCCAUCUCCCGCGUCAAGGCAGCCUACCUGGUUCAGAGCUCUGGACCGGAGGGACAUGGAGUGUUCCUGGUCCGACAGAGUGAGACACGCAGAGGAGACUACGUCCUCACAUUUAACUACCAGGGAAAAGCAAAGCACCUGCGCCUCUCUCUAACAGAAUGGGGUCAGUGCAGAGUUCAGCACCUGCGCUUCCCCUCUGUCAUGGACAUGCUCAGUCACUUCCGCCUUUUCCCAAUCCCACUGGAGUGUGGAGCAGCCGGCGCAGUCACGCUGUCCAGCUUCGUAGUGGCGGGCUCUAGCCCUCCAUCACAGGGUCAGCUCUCUGGCGCUCUUCUCGUCCCUUUCUCCCUCCAUCGGUGGAGCUCUGAGCCCAGCUUGGCUCACUGCAGCCUGGCUCGCAGCUCCAGUCAGCCCCCUUCCUCCUGCUCCACCACCACAAGCACCAGCAACACCUCCAGUCCCAGCUCUGUCUCCCAGCCAGGCAACCACCCGUUCACCCGCACCAACCCCGUCCCUGACCCUCCUUCGUCAGCCCCAGCGCCUUUGCGUCGGAGUGAAUCGAUGGGGAGGAGACCCCUGCUUCGCCAUCCGAACCCCCACAUCCCUCAGCGGGACUCAGACUAUGAGCUGGAGCCUGAGCGAGGUCGCAAGCGGGCAAUAGAUAACCAGUACAUGUUGCUCUGACCCGUCGAGUCAAACACCUCCAUCACCUCUGACAGACAGCAGUAACACAUGAUCAUGCACACAUCAUAAAGACACAUUUUGUUACUACCCCCCACCCAGCUUCAUGUGGGCGUGUGAGACUCUCAGAGAGCGCGAUGAUAACGUGAUUACAGCAGACUCUUGAACUUGAACAAACAAGUCAGCAAGUGUGUAUGACAAAACACACUCAGAUACACACACUCACUAUGUCUUUGCUGGGAGUGUGUUUACCAGCGUUAGACCCUCACAACCUCCACCCCCCGCGUGUCCACAGUGAAUGUAUUUUUGGGAGCUUUAUAACAGUGUUGACCAUGAUGAUUAUUGUCAUUUUAUUGAUGUUGAGGUUUCUGUGUGAGAGAGGGAGAGCCACGCGUGUAGCUGUCCUCGAGCCCGGGCAAAAAAUAUUUUCAGUUAUUGUGAAUUGAUAAAGGUGUACUUGAUUUAACGUCUUUGGGACUUAACCUGAUCUGAUGGGAAGGCAUUGCCUGGGAAAUUUAGUUAAAUCAAGUGCCCCUUUUUAUUAUUUAAAAAACAUUUAAUCUUUACACACAAGUCUUUGUGUGGAGCACACUCCCACCUUUUUAUACAAACACAAAUGAAAAAGUGUCUAUACACUCUUAGUAGAUAUUCCUCCUCUUGCGCAUUAUUAUAUAUUUAAGUGCACAAUGCUUUCCGUGCACUUUGGAAACAAUGUGUAUUUUUUCUAUACACAGAUUCUUUUGUAGAAAAAAAAAAAAAAAACUAAAGUAAAAAGUGAUAAACCUGGUUAAAGUCAGUUGGGAAGCCGUUACGAGAAACUGAUCUUCCACUUCUUUCAGACAUUCGCUGAAGCAAACACAGAGAACCACGGAAAUUGUUCUCGAUCAGCUUUCAUCAGCACAAAAGCAGUGGGAACUUGUCGCUGUUUGUGGUGUGUGUGUGCGUCCGUGUGUGUGUGUGUGUGUGUGUGUGUGUGUGUGUGUUAUGGUUUAUGUCAGGCGAUUGAAAGUGUAUUCCAUCAGCACGAUCGUGCUGAUCUCUGUCUGGUGCAGUACUCACCCCGCAGAGUCUGCGUAUGAAUUUAUGUCACAGAACUCACUGCUAGAAGUCUCUUUGUGGUGUCACAUGUUACAUCCAACCAAAGGCUUUAUGUGCACAAAACUAACUUUCCAGUAAGCACAAAGUAUGACAAAAAAAAUCUAAUUUGCCACAAAAUCAUUGCCAUCCAACAUGCUAAACAAAUGAACAAGAAAUUAUUGAAAAUAAUAAUUAAUUAAUUGUAACACUUUUCCUGAUGCAAGUUAACAAUUUCACAAAAGAUAUUUUGUGCCACUAAAUUCUUUUAAAUAUAAUUUAUUAUAUCCAGGUGUGACAGAAGAGCCAAGAAAAGCCUUUCUGUGCAGGCCGCUAGUUCAUCUUCUGUCCUGGUGGACGAAAUGUGUUUUGAGAUGCACCUUCACUUCAUUGUUGUGUUGCAGGUUUAAGAUAACAUAUUUAUGAUACUUUACUAUAAUAAAAAACAUAAUUUGUAUUGAUUUUGUGGCAUAAACAGUAUUUCGUCUCACCAAAAUGAGGUGGGUUUUGUACACGUAAAGCAGAAAUGGAAACUUGAAAAGGCUUCAUUCCAAAGAGCGUGAGAGGGGGAAACACACAAUGUACAGACCAAAACAAAAUAGGAAUUGAGUCUAAGUCACGUAUUUGACACGGCUUAAAAUGAAUCGCCUGACCUUGCCCUUUAAGUUGUGUGAGUUCUCAACAAACGUGAGGGUCGAAGCGCUGGAAAUCUUCAAAUCUGGGUUUAAAACUUUUUUUGUAAGUCAGUUUUGUCGUGGUUUGAUAAUCUAAACAUUAAACCCUUAAAGGGCUCCUAAAAGUAGACGGUGAUGUGAUGCAACUCCUGAAAGCCAGAAGUGCCUCUGUAGAUAUUUAGCAUUUAUUUUCUUACAGCUUCAGGCAAAUCUUGACUCUGGGAGUAGCAUCAUGUCUCCAACUUUUACACUUUUAGCAUUAAUUAUUAUUUUUAGUAUUUCCUGUACAACAUCACCACAGCUGCCAAUAGAAAACAUAUAUUUUUACACUAUACGUCACUUCUAACAGAACUUCCAGGUUUUAAAUGAGAGGUUUUUACGAGGAAGGUUUGGUUUGCUUUGAAAGUUUCCAAAUGUGCCCUUUAUCUGCCUAUCACAGCUUUUUAAAGGUUUAAACUUUAAAAGGUUUAAAGCUGCACUGACGUACAUCACUUAACUCAGGUGUGAAUUUAAGAGAUGACUUGUUUUUAUGAGAGAUUAUAUAAUGGAAUACAUCCAAAAGAAAAAAAAAUUAAGCCUUUACCAAAGCAAGAAAGGAAAACAACUGUUUCAUCUCAUCCACCUCCAGAUCUCAGUUUCUUCAGUAGCAUCUAGAGAGCUCAUUUGUAACCCAAAGCAAUCCAAAACUUGUGGUAUUUCGGUGAGAUCAGCCUGUGGCCACACCAGAUUUGUUUCAAUUAUGUUCUGACUUGUGAACCUCGUCACUCCUUUGAGAAAACGCAGAAUAUCUCAUGCCCACAGUGACAUAGUGCAGUAGUUUUGACACAUGCCAAAGAUGAAAUGUCCAAUUUUCUGUAAUUUUGUUUCAGUAACUAAAGCUUCACUUUCAUUAGCAGCGGGAUGCCUUUGGAAAAUAGUGUGCUAGGACGUGUCUGUUUGUCUUCUAACCUUGCUUUAACACUAACUCUAGCAGUUGAUUAAGAUUUACCUUCAGUAAACUUAUGCUUACCAUAUGGUUUAAACCUGAUUCUGUCAGUCUCUCUGCCCUCUUAAACAUUGAAGUUUCUUUUUUUUUUUUAAGAGAAAUGCAUGAAUACAACUUCAUUUCCUCAUGAACAUGACCAGAGUAAGUCCGCUGUGAUUACUCCUCUUUUUUACACAAUAAGUCAGCUUUGUCUACCAAAGGAACAUUUUUACAAUGGUUGUGUAGUUCUCUUAAAUGUAUCAUCACGAUCAAGACUGACAUCUUUUAAGUGUUUUUUAAGGGGAACGAAAACAAGGAUGUUUUUGGCAAAAGUACGGUUGGUCUUCCUGCCUUUAUGUGCCCGAGUCUAAACAAAUCCCUCAUCAUCUCUGUGUUUCAUUUCUGCUAAAGGAAAGCAACGGUAACAAUAACUAUUUUGACUAUCAGUCCCCUCUCUUUGCUGAUUUUUAGUUACUUCUAUUUUUAGGGAGAAUGACUGUGCCUUUGCCAGAAAGCUGCUGUUGCUUUUCCCCUUUUUUUGAAAGCUCAGGGUGUGAUGUGGUGCAGAACUUGUGUAGUGCAAUAUCUGAGAGAUGCACAGCGCUUCACACCUUUUUUAUGUAUGUAGGGAGCGAUCAGAGGCUUCUAGAUGGAUGAAUUGAGUGAAAGUUCAGUGUUUGCACCUGCUCAUAGACUGAAGAAAAUCUGAUAACAAAAAAACAUAUAUAUAUUUAAUAAAAAAAAACAGGGCUGCCACGUUUUCUUAUUGCUUUCAUGGCUUUUGUUUCAUGGUUCACUCCAAUUUGUCUUGCAAGAAUCGAGUUAAUGCUUAAGAAAGCCCCCCCCGUGUACCUCAGGUGUCUUCAAUCCUCAAAAAUCCGCUUGAGCAACAUCUUUAGUCUCCCCCCACCGUAUGUUUAUUUGAAAAUGUCCAGUUGAUGAAUGUAAUGUGUUCUCAAUACUGUUCAUUCUGUUUAACUUAGCACUGUAAACAUUCCAGUUCACCCCAACAUCCUCUCAAGAGCCAAUGAAAAUCACAACAGCUUUUCAAAUCUGUCAUUGUGUUUGCAUCCCUUUCAGUAAAAAGCAUCUAAAUUAUAUUAAAUAUAUAUCAACUGUAUAUUUGACUUUUUUGUAAAAUAAACCUAACCAAAAAAAACCCUCA